GCUUGUUUUUUUUUGGGCAUUCUCACCUCUGAAUCUACUACACUUAGAUAUGUCUGAACAUGUAAGACAUCUUCCAUGAUGCUCCCUGCUAAACACUGCAUUCUGUAGGAAAAACAAAAGCCAUCCCUUCAGAGUCAGAAACAUUGUCGUUCUUAAACUUUUUAGAAAUCUGAAAGUAAAACUGCUGAAAAAACAAGAUAAAGUUUCAGUUUUUCUUCUAUAAUGUUGGAAUGGGAAGGCAGUGUGAUAACAAACAUCUCAUCAAUUUAAAUUUGUAAACACUGAAGAUGUAGUCGCAUGUAGCUCCCCUGCAUGCAUUGCAUUCUUUAGGUGAAAGAUAGGCUGCUAUUUAGAACCAGAGUUAAUUCAGAUUUACUGAUGCAAAGUACGUAUCGGGCGAGCCCCUAUCGAGCAAGCACCAUGUGCUGGAACGGUAUGUGCCCUUGAGAAAACAUUAUAUUAAGAUGAUACACGGAGAAGAAAACUGAUACGGUCGUUGUACCAGCUGUUGGAUACAACUUCGAUUCAUCGUGAGAAGCAUACGACUUCUACAACCUAUAUUCAUGGGAAAUUGGUUUCGGAAUAAGAUACAGGAAAAGCAGGCUCAACGUCGAGAGAACCAAAUGCAUGCAGGAAAUAGUCUAUGGAUGCUCGGGCAAACCAAAAAGAGGGAACACACGGACAUGCCGCUGUGAGUGCCCCACAAUGGCGAUGGCGACCGCGGGAGACGACACAUUUGAGUUCUUGUCAGAUCCAGUUGACAGAAUCGUUGGUGGCCGACGAAGCAAACCAAACUCUGCUAUGUGCGGCUGCUGAGUCCAGCAUUGGUGAUGCGGCGGUGACAGUACAAGUAGAUUUGAACAGCACUUGCGAUAGAAUUGCCCUGCCGCGCCAACCUCAGAGCAGUCUACAGGUAAAGACGACCCUCAAGCCCCUGGCUGGACAAAAAGAGUCUGACUCGGGCAUGGACCCGAUGACCGCCCCCCAUGUGCUGCCAGGAUGUGUGCCCUGGAACAUUGAGAAUAUAUGCAGAAAAGAAAACUGAGAUAGUCUGGUUUAUCAGCAUUACCUUCUUCAGAAAAAAUAACCAUCCCUGUGCAGUCUGAUUUCAUCCACUCUGAAAGCCGCAGGGUUCGUAUCGGCCGGGCACCUAUCGAGCUGCACCCUGCCCUGGUAGAGUAAGUGCACUUGAAAAAACUUUGAGAAGAUACACACAGAAGAAAACUGAUACCGUCGUAGUAUCUACUGUCGGAAGCAGCUUCGAUUCGUUGGGAGAGGCAUACGACUACUACAAUCUAUAUUCGUGGGAGGUUGGAUUUGGAAUAAGAUAUGGAAAGAGUAGGCUCAACGUCGAGAGAACCAAAUGUAUGCAGGAGAUAGUAUGUGGAUGCUCGGGCAAACCAGAAAGAGGUAAUACACGGACAUGCCGCCGUAAGUGCCCUGCGAUGAUACGUUUGGUGCAAUCAAAUGACAAUGCUUGGUACAUAACUGAGCAUAGGCCAUCUCACAACCAUUCUUUGACAGGUAAGUGCAGUGAGAAGGUAUACCAUAAACAUAUCGAUAUGUACACAAGACCUUGUGAGACAGCUUAGAGAGAACAAUAUCAGCAUCGGAAAAGUGUACAACAUAAUUGGUAGUUUCUUUGGGUCAAUGAGCAAUGUGCCUUUCAGUAAGAGGGCUUUGAGGGGUCGGUGUGGUAAGAUCAGCCAGGAUCAGGCGGAUAAUGAUGUCCGAAAAACGAUGGAGGUUUUUAUUGUGGUCAAUUGGAUCAAGCAGGAUGCAAUACCAUUACUUCGGAGAAACAAGAGCACGACAUGUCCACGGAGGGGUGACGAAAAGGAAAGAACCGAAAUGCUCAAUCUGCGGAGUGGGAAAGCAUCGAUCGGAAGAACACCUGCAACAAAUCCUAAGGUUGUGUUACAUGUCGCCGAGAAAGCUGCCCAUGAACGGGCUGUAGAAAUGUGAUUAAUCUGUAUAAGCAGCGAGUAUCACGUUUUAUCACUGAAUUAGCCAGCGGUGUGAAAAAAAUUAUGUAUUGUCAGCUUAGUAAUUGUGACAAUGUUUCCUCUUGUAGUUGUCUGAACUUCCGAAUUAUGUGGCUAUGUGUUGUUUAAAACUAACUCUCAUGUUACCUAUGUGUGCUGCUGACGACAUGUUCCACUAUUG